AUGGAGGGUCCCCAAAGCAAGGAAUAUUACCCCUCCUUGACAAAAAUGAAGAAGAAACUAAUGAAAGGUUACAGCAGCCAUCCAAGCUUCGAAAGAGAGUGUGAUGAAGAUGAAGAUGAUGAAGACGAUAGAGAUGAUGAUGAUCCAAAAGAGUUCAGAUCGAUGCUUGAGACCUUGCUGAGUAUGGAGAGGAGGGGAGAAUGCGAAGGAGAAAUUUGGAGCGAAAAGGAGGGCAUUUUUAUACCUGAGAAUCAUCAGUCAUCAGAGUCCAGAUCAUCGUUCACAGUCCAGUGCCUCCAGAGGAAGCCGUGGAAUGAGGGCUCAGAUCGAAGUGGAGAUAGUGAACGGUCGAGAAAUGUGAACGGGGGCAAGAGUGAACGGGUCGAUGCGACAAAUACCAUUCCACGCAGUCUCUCGUGAUGACCAUCACACUACGAGAGAGUCCGUAUUGUGUAGCAAGAAGAGAUCGG